UCAACCCCCCCCCCCUCUCAGACACGUUGAUUUACUGACUGACUAACCAGGGAUGCUCCAGCAUCGCGACGCUGCACUCUAUCUGUGUCUCUCCAUGUGUGUGCCAGUGGGUUUGACGGAGGUAAGGAGAGAGAGGGAGCGGGCGAGACAAAGGCAGAGCAAGAGGAGAGAGCGAAAGGGAGCAAGGGAGUGAGAGAGAGGGAGAGACGUGCACACACACACACACACACAUACAGAACGAGACGGGAGGAGAGAAGAGGAGUGGAGAGAAUGCCUGGCGAAAGGGUGGCGCUUCCUCGCUUGCUGCUUCCAGGGCCUCUGUGAGAGACAGACACCAUGGGCUGCAUCGGCUCCCGGACCAUCACAGCGGACGCUGUUCCUGUACGGAAAGAUGGGGAGCAGCAUGGGCGUGCCGAGUUUUCCUGGGAAGGAAUCAAUCUCUCUAUGGAGGACACUUCCUCCAUCCUGCCUCGUCUGAAGAGGAACUCCAAUGCCUAUGGGAUCGGUGCUCUGGCUAAGUCCUCACUGACAGGUGUGUCAGGCGUGUCCCGUUCCAUGAAGGAUAAAGUAACUAAGCCCACUGCCAUGGCCUCGGGCAAAGUGGCUCACAUGAUCGAAUGGCAGAGCUGGAACACACCAUCCACUGGGACUGAAGGGGCUGUGGUCACCAAAAUCCCAACCUCGCAACGUGAGAAGGAGAGGCGGAUAGAGAGCGAAAUGUACAGUGAACUCAGUGAAGGAGAAAAGGAGGCCCGCUUCACUGCAGGAUUAAUGGCACAAUUUGCCUUAUCGGAGGCUACUUUGCUGGGCUGGAGAUCUAUGGAGGAAGAUGGCCUUUGUGCUGGCUCCAAACAAGGCAGCGUGGCCCACCUCAGUGAGACCAACCAGGAGAGCAUCACCAGCAGAGACCAUGCGAUGCAUCACUCCUCAGCCGACGUAUGGCCCAACACCUACGUAGCCCAGGGCCUCUACUGCCUUUCCUCCUCCGACGCCUGGGAGCCAAUUAGCAACGACCCCUCGGGCGUGGCCUCGCCGGCCGCCUACGUCAUGGCAGGUGGGGGAGGAGGGACGCCCGGUGAGGGCUACGGUGAUGUGGACAAUGUGGGGGGCUACAUCCAGCAGCAGCAGCCCCAACAGCUCACCCUGCAGCAGCAGAGCCAGCUGCAGCUCCAGCAGUUGCAGCAGAUCCAGCUGUACCAGCACCAGCAGCUAAUGCUCUACCAACAGCAACAGGCAAUGGAACACAGACUACACAGUGCAAACCACUCCCUCCAAGCCACACCCAACAGCACCAUUCACAGUCUAGGCCUGCCCACUCAUCCCCGCCUGGCUGACCUGUGGGGCUCUGCGCAGGUGGAGAUUGUCGGACACAUGAGCGGGCCAAUGGCUGACAUGGUUGUUGGUGUGGUCGAGACCUUGGGGGAGGAGCCAGAGGAGGAGAUCGAAUGCAUUUCAGAGCAACAGGAAGAGGAGGAGACUAAGGACGAUGAGGUUACGUUAACCUUAGAACCAACUUUGACCCCGUCCCCGCUCAGAGAAGACGUCACCCCGAUUGGAGGCACCGGUCCACAACUAGCACGCCCAGAACCAAUGGCAGAACGCAUACCCUUUGUGGUCACACCCUGCAUUGUCCAAUCGUUGGAGGAGAAGGACGAAGAGGUGGCCAAGGGGUCUAUUGUUGCCGUGGCGACCAAUUGAGGGGGAUAGUCAGAAAGAGUGACAAACAGGAUAUACUUAUCCAUAAUCCACCAAUCAAGCUAUUCUACUCCACAUCCAGCUAUUUACCCACUCUGGGACUGAGAAACAACAGAACGACUUUUUCUGGAGGAGAAAGUAUUGGACACGACAAUGAUAAAAGGGAACUUUAAAGACAAAUCUGUCGUUUUGCAGAAACGUGAGGACUUGUUUUGCAGUAAUAUUGAACUAAUGAAUUAAAAUUGAAAGAAUGGAGUAUAGAGAAAGAAAAAGGACGCUGUGAAAAGAUCAGUGCAUUACAGAGAAUCACAAGACAACCAAAAGAAAGUGCAUGCUUUUGAAAGUAAUUUAACAUUAAUAGUAAAAUGUAUACAAAGUAAUAAUAUAUACAAUACUGGUCAAAAGUUUUAGAACACCUACUCCUCCAAGGGUUUUUCUUUCUUUAAAAAAAAAACUAUUUUCUACAUUGUAGAAUAACAGUGAAGACAUCAAAACUAUGAAAUAACACAUAUGGAAUCAUGUAGUAACCAAUAAAGUGUUAAACAAAUCAAAAUCUAUUUUAUAUUUGAGAUUCUUCAAAGUAGCCACCUUUUGCCUUCUUAAUGCGUUUGAGCCAACCAGUUGUGUUGUGACAAGGGAGCGAGGGUAUACAGAAGGAAUGGAAGAACAUUGCUGCUGCGGAGGAUAAGUUCAUUAUAUUUACCAGCCUCAGAAAUUGCAGCACAAAUACAUGUUUCAAAGAGCUCAAGUAACAGACACAUCUCAAUAUAAAUUGUUCAGAGGAGACUGUGUGAAUCUGGCCUUUGUGGUCGAAUUGCUGCAAAGAAACCACUACUAAAGCACACCAAUAAGAAGAAGAUACGUGGAAACACAAGCAAAGGACAUUAGACCGGUGGAAAUCUGUCCUUUGUCUAAAGUUCAAGUUUCCGAUUUUCGGUUCCAACCAGCGCGUAUUUGUGAGACAUGGUGUGGGUGAACGGAUGAUCUCCACAUGUGUAUUUCCCACCAUAAAGCAUGGAGGGAGAGGUGUUAUGGUGUGGGGGUGCUUUACUUGUGCCACUGUCUGUGAUUUAUUUAGAAUUCAAGGCACACUUAACCAGCAUGGCUACCACAGCAUUCUGCAGUGAUACGCCACCCCAUCUGGUUUAUGCUUAGUGGGACUAUCAUUUGGUUUUCAACAGGACUAUGACCGAACACACCUCCAGGCUGUGUAAGGGCUAUUUGAUCAAGAAGGAGAGUGAUGGAGUGCUUCAUCAGAUUACCUGAACUCCACAAUCCCGGCCUCAAGCAACUUGAGAUGGUUUGGGAUGAGUCGGACCGCAGAGUGAAGGAAAAGCAGCCAAGAAGUGCUCAUUAUAUGUGGGAACUCCUUCAAGACUGUUGGAAAAGCAUUCCAGGUGAAGCUCGUUGAGAGAAUGCCAAGAGUGAGCAAAGCUGCCAUCAAGGCAAAGGGUGGCUACAUUGAAGAAUCUCAAAUAUAUUUUGAUUUGUUUAAUUAACACUUUGGUGGUACCUACACGAUUCCAUGUGUUAUUUCAUAGUUUUGAUGUGUUCAUUAUUAUUCUAAAAUUUAGAAAAUAGUACAAAUAAAGAAAAACCCUUGAAUGACUAGGUGUUAUAGAACUUUUGACCGGUAGUGUAAUUAGGAUUUUUUAUAAAAACAAAAAAAAGAAAUAAAGUAAUAUUUAUCUGUGUGUGUUUCUGUGUGUGUGCGUGUGCUUGCAUGUAUGUGUAUGUGAGAGUGUUCAAAUGUAUGAAUGUAUGUAUGUACAGUUUGUAUGUAUUUAUGUAUGUAUGCAAAAAUAUAUAUUCUCGAAAAACA